AUGACUACUGUUUGGAACUUCCUCACUGGGUUCUCCUCACCCGAGGUCGACAAGACGAAACUCAAUCGAUUGCGCAACACCAUUCGCCAUUCUCUCCAGAAUAGCGUAAUUAACGAAACAUGCUUUCUUCCAGAAAGCGACAUCAACAACCUUGUGACGUCCGAUAAGACAAAGCUGUUACUGCCGAAUUCCAAGCCAGAAUUGAUAGACUUUAUCUGCAAGGAUGCAAAAAAGCUCUUCUUGAUUGCAUCAUUGCAUCACGGCAACCUUCAGGACAUCAUGGGCACUUUUAGACAUCAUGGCAUGACAGACAAGUACCUUCCAAUCCGCGAUCUUACCUCAGAAGAUAGGUACUGCGACGUUCAUACUGAAGGACUUCAGCGAGUUUGCAGCCACGAAAAGGCUUUGGAGGCCUUUCAUUGCUGGGAUGCUCAUGAUGUCUGGAACUUUUACAAUGAUCAAUGGAAGUUUUGUGCACCAAUACUCAACAUGGAAUGCUCCUCCCAAGAAUUCCACCCUAAGCACAUACUGCCGUUUAUACAGAAAGGUACCACCCAGAAGGAUGGCCAUUUCAGUACUGUCGUUGAGGCUGUAAUCCAUCCUAGCCAUCAAAUUGGCCGCGGGCCAUUGAAGUCAGGCAUAGAUCAGACCAAGGUCGCUCUCAAAGAGUUAAAAAGCCUGAGCGAGCCAAAUUACAACGUACAUGUAUCAUGGCUGAAUGAGGCAAAUGCACUCUUCCAGAUUGCCGAGCUUCGUCACAAACAUCUCAUCAGUCAGGCAACUGCCUUCAAACAAGGGGAGAGAAGGUUCAUUAUGCUCGAGUGGGCGAACGGAGGCACUCUGCGAGAUAUAUGGCAGAAAGAGCCUCACGACGGAUCUGUGCUAGACGGUGGCAAGGUCAUGAGAGUCCUUGAAGAACUAACUGGGAUCGCAAGUGCGCUCUCAAGAUUACACGGCACUAACACCAAGACAAGAACUGCAAUGGCAAUGUCUGCAGACCGCAGAAGGAAGAACCCUAUGUCGAGAUCCAAAACGAUUCUCUCACAGGGUCAAGGUGAUCGUUUAACCGUUCCAAAGAUACGCUUCGAGGGAGUAAGCUCAGACGAUGAUUAUGACUCCAGCGACUACGGUGAAGAGCAGCAUUGGCGCCACGGGGAUCUCAAGCCUGAUAACAUCCUCCAAUUUAUAGAUGACAAGUCUUCGUGGCUUGGAACUCUCAAGAUUGCUGACCUCGGUCUAGCCAAGCAACACGCAUUUGCUACAACCCAGAGACAGGACCCAACCAAGCAGAAAUAUACAACUUCUCAUUACGAGGCACCUGAAGUUAUCACCACCAUGAACUCUCGAGUGCCUCGCUCACGCCGCUACGACAUAUGGUCCAUGGGAUGCAUCAUAUUCGAGUAUACGAUCUGGCUCUUAUACGGUUAUGAAGAGGGACUGAAGAGCUUCUACAAUGAGGAGAAUGACAUGGAUGCCCAUCGAGAAACGUUGUACUUUACGGCUGAUCUCAGCACAAGGCAAGCUCAAGUGAGUGACGCGGCGCGAAGAUGGAUCAACCACAUCUUGGAAGUCGACCCGGAAUGUAAUCGUGCCACACCAAGCGUGAUCAAGGAUCUCGUCGUAUUGGUCAGGGAUAAGCUUCUUGUAAUUGAUCUACCAAAGGAAAGCAUGAGCGAGGCCGACAUCAAGCGAUGUCGCGCCAGUGCGGAUGAGUUGGACAGCAUCUUACAAAGGAUGAAGAGAAGGGCCCUUGAUGAUGAACAUAGAGGAGGCAAAUAUCUAUCUUCGGGUACAGGACGCAACGGAAUUUCGGCUCCUCGUCCGCAAAAGGUUCGUAGGCAGAGCUUCCUGUCGACCAGCUCGGGCUCAGCAUCGAAACCAUCAAAUCUGGUACGAGCUCUGUUCAAUAAUACUUGGAACCUGAUGGAAGACCAAGCUAUCUCUCUUGGAGUUCUGAAGCGCCAUGAAACAGCGAUCAUGGACAGCAUAUCUAGGUCACAAGGAUUACAGAAGCUAUGUGACGAGUGCAGAAAGCUUGACUAUCAAAGCGACGAACCCGUAUUAAGGGAGACUCUGGCGACUAUGAGAUUCAAGAUUCAACAAUGUGCGUUGCACAGCCUUAUUUACCGUUCCAUUCCCCCAUCUACUUGUAACGAGCUGGAGGUUGUGCAUAUUCGGAGAUCUGACUCCUUACUUGUCAUGGACAAAUUGAAAAUACCCUUACUCUCACUUUCCAAAAUCUCGGGUGCGAACCAUCUACACUCUGAUGAUAUCCACUUUGGGCUACCCAAGCUUUUUCAGCCCAACACUGCGUUGUUCUACGACCUCCUCCGGACAUGGAUUCAAGAUUGUGACAUGCAUCAUCCCCAAUGUCGUCCCGCAGACAGAUCACGCCUCCAGGUGCCGACUCGCCUUAUUGAAGUGAGUCAGGUUGACGGUGGAAGUUCGAAGGUCUUCCUUCGCAACGCAGUGGACGCCGUGUGCCUAACAGGAGGGGAGUUGAGAUAUAUCGCACUGUCACACCCUUGGGGCAAUGGAGAACAGCACGAUCACUUCUGCACCACGAAAGACAACCUUGGCAGUCGACUAAGUGCCGGUAUUGAUCUAAAGGAUUUCCCGAACACUUUCAGACAUGCAAUCGAGGUGACUCGAGCACUUGGUAUCCCAUACCUCUGGAUCGAUUCGUUAUGUAUAGUGCAAGGACCAGGCGGGGACUUCGACACGGAAGCCAAAAGGAUGGAGACCGUCUUCAGCUCCGCAUACUGUGUCAUUGCCGCAAGUCGCGCCAACGGAACAUCAAGUGGGUUUUUGUGGGAAAGGUCAGAACGUGAAGUAGUGAGACUGGAUGGAUAUCUUGCCCAUGAUCCAGUUUAUGUCUGUGAAGCAAUUGACAACUUUCAGCAUGAUGUGAUUGAAGGGGCGCUGAACAAACGCGGAUGGGUCCUGCAAGAGCGGGCUCUUGCACCAAGGACCAUAUAUUUCACGGAGAACCAGACGUACUGGGAGUGUGGCCAGGGCGUGCGCUGCGAGACAUUGGCAAGGUUGACCAAUAGCCAGGCUUCGUUCCUUGGGGACCCCAAUUUUCCCAAGUUGGCUAUGAGCUCGACCAGAGGAGCGAAGAUCCGCUUUUAUGAAUCACUGUACAGACAAUACUCAAACCUCGAUUUCACAAAGAUCCACGACCGGCCCAUAGCAAUAGCCGGGCUAGAACAACGACUAGUGAGUGCUUUCAAGACCGAAGGAGGAUACGGUGUGUUCAACGGAGCAUUCUUCGGGCGCAGCCUUUUAUGGACAAGGGAUACAAAACGAAGUGAUGGCCUCAAAUUGAUUGACUUUCCCCGGGAUCAGAAGUUCAGGGUUCCGACGUGGUCAUGGACAGCGUACGAAGGACCCAUCACAUACUUUGACAUACCUUUUGACCAUGUUCGAUGGACCUACAACACUGCAGAAGGAAAAAUUCAAUCGCCAUGGACGAGUAUGGAAUCUGACUGUACCUCGUUCUCAUUGCAUACAGGAGAACUAGACGGAAGAAUUGAUCUUACUGCCCAAGCAAGGGAGAUGCUAGAUCUGGAAUCAGGAGAGGCGCAGGAAAAGGUCAUAUAUGACGAAGGGAUGUUGCCUCCAGGUGCACAGAAGCUAUGCGUUAUCGUUGGACACGAAAAGCCAAAUGAUGAAGAAUGCACGAUGCAGGACCUGGGUUAUUAUGUUCUGCUCAUUGCCCCCUCUGCUGAUCCCAGCGAUGGUUCCUACCGAAGGGUUGGUGUUGGCAGGUUAUUAGGGAGUUGGAUUGACUUUGGCAAGCCUGAGUGCAGAGUCUGUAUAUCCUAG